AUGGAACAGCCGUGGGCUGUGGCCCUGGCUUUUGCUGGGGGCUGGUUGCUUCGUGAGUGGAGCACUCCUCAGAAGGUUGAGGAACCUGCUUCGUGCCAUUGCCAGUGCUCGUUCCCUGUUUCGCCUGCUCCUGAGCACAUGGCAGCCUUAGCUCCUGGAUCUCUGAUGUUUGUCAGCUACGGAGAGGUGCCCGAGGUUUAUCACACACGUCUCAUUCUAGAUUGGGUCAGUGGACUGGAGUACGUCAUUGCCACCCCUGACCUUGACAUUUAUCCUGAGACUAUGGAUGCUUCAAACCCCGACUUCACCGAUUGCGUGCCCGCACUACCAGGUGGGUUGGUGCCGCCUGGUAUCAACCCCAACUCAGUCUACUCUUUUGCUCCCAUGACCGCUGCUGAAUUGUCUCAGUUGUUGGCUGCAGGUCGAACUGAAGCGGCAUUGGAGAGGGCAAGACGAGGAGUGGCGGCUGGAGCAGCUCCAGCUCCCGGUGCAGCGGCCCCAGUCGUGAACGAGGUCUGGGUCUUGGCGAUUUUUGUGAGGGCAUGUCAGGCGGGUCAGGUUGUUCUCAUCAAGCGCAUGAAGGAAGAGGAUAUUCCUAGUUUUUGUGAAGAAAGGGUUCAAGCCCUUCGUUCCAUCGAAGCUUCAGCUGGAGAAGACAAAACCGUGGCAGAUGAUGUUCGCACUCUGGAGACCGCCAUCAUGAAGGAGAAGAGGAAGAUGGAAGAGGCCAAAGGUGGACAGAAAGGAAAGAAGUCAAAUCCAAAGGCCACCCCUAAGGAUGGGGGUGGCAGUGGACAUGAGCGUCAGCUGCUUGUGGCCUUCAUCACUGCAAGGAUGGUUGUGCAUGGUCGGCCCAAUCGUGUUUUUCAUUCUCCAGUUCCUGACCAUCGGACCCGUGAUGUUGUUCCUCUACCGCAACUUGUUGUGGAGGAGCUCAGAGAUAGGAGAGUGUGCAGGAGUGUGGCCAAGAGAAUUCAUCAUAGAGCUGAGAUAGCCAAGAGAACAAAUCGGGUCAUAGCUGCCUUGAAUUCGCUUUUUUCGGGGAGGAGGGCUGGGACGGACGUUCCUACAGUGAGAGCUUUGGAUGACCUGCCGUUGAAUCAGCGGCUUGCCAUUUCCGAUAUCUUAAAGAAUGUCAAGAAGCUCGGUCAUCCUCCUCUGCAUUUACAUGGCUCUGAAGCCCUCAAGGCGCUUCGAGCGGCCAGCUCCACCUAUGGCUUUCAGGAAGCUGGCGUGGGUGACGUUGUUCCAUUAGAUCUUCACUAUCUUUCGCUUCCAGAGGAACGGGUGGUGGGUGUGGAUCUGGUGGAUGCGUUGCCGGAGUCGCUGCAGAGUGUUGUGACAGAUUUUGAAGAUCAUAUGCUGCAACAUGCUGAUGUUUGGACGUCUUUUUCGUCUGACCUCGAUUCAUUGCGGCCGUAUGAUGAUCCAUCUUUGAAGAAGAGGAGUGUGUACCUUGAUUUUGUGAGAGAAGUGUAUAAACGGGGCAUCAUUCGUUUUUCUCAGAAUUGUCGAGGCAGAGUAGGUGCUUUUACCGUGUCCAAGAAGCCUAAGGUCAUUGACAAUGUGGUCACCCCCCGACAGAGAUUGGUUUUGGAUUGUAGACUUGUGAAUGCUAUGUUUAGACCAUCGCCGCACACAAACCUGGGAUCACUCACAGCCUUGAGUGAGAUGUAUAUCCCAGACGGUCAAAACCUAUUCAUCUCAGGUGCUGACAUUAAAGACUGCUUCUAUGCGGUGCGGGUUGAUGAUGCAUUGAGUGAUUUUUUCGGCUUGAUGCAGGACAUCACUGGGGAUGAAGUAUAUCGGGCGACUGGUGGUGAGUGUGGUGAGAUGUAUUCGGAUGACAUGUUUACUCCUGCAGUCAGUGUGUUACCUAUGGGGUUUAGUUGGUCUUUUUACCUAGUGCAGUGCAUACACGAACAUUCGGUGUGUCGUGCCCUGGACAUCGGCCGAGAACAACUGGUUUUAGAAGGUUUUCCAGCUCCCCUUUUGAGUGGUGGCGAGUGUGUUGCAAUGCCAUACUGCGACAACGCCCACGUGCUGUCGUUCUGUGAGGACCUUUGCAAUGCUGGUAGCCUUGCAGCUCAGAGCGAUUUGACGUCGCUGGGCUUCACUACUCACGAGGAGGAGCAAGCAAAUACCUUUUUCAAAACUUUGGGUGGCGUCGUUGACGGAGUGGCAGGGGAAGUGCGCACCACGCCGGAAAGG